GGCAGUAGUAUAUCGUGAUGUUGAUUAUGUUUGACACGUGAUGAUGUGUUUAUUUUGCGUAUGCUUAGGUGUAUUAUGUUUUGUGUAUGUUAUUUUGCGAUGUAGUCGUAAAUAGUGUCGGUUACAUUAUGUGCAAUAUAAUUACUUCGAUUAUAUUUUAGUGGAAUCUAAUCAUGUUGAAGAAUUUUAAAGUUUUAAAUGUAUAUAAAUCUAUAAGUCAUGUUGGUAAAUUUUGCAUACAAGAUUUUAAGGUUACUCCGUUGAUUCUUACAGUUGCAAACACUAGACAAUUUAAGUGUUUUAGUACAGAUUCUAUAAUGGCAAGUCAACCAUGGAGAGAAGCAUCAAGCUUAAUCAUAGCAUCUCGUCUAUCACUCCACGAUGUCGUUGCUAAAGGGAAGAAUCUUGCAGAAGUCAUGGGCUCAGCUAAAUGGAACUAUACCAACAAGCAAAGCACUCCUGAUUACAAAAUACUCCUGAUGAAAAGAAGUGGCUUAAGCUCAUUCAUGGCUAAUGCUUUUGUCUUUCCUGGCGGAUUGGUGGAAGUAGCUGACUUUUCACCUUUAUGGUGGUCUGUGUUCGACAAACUAGGUUUUAGUAGAAACGAAUUGAUGAAAUUUUGCUCAAAUUUUGGUAGUCAAAGACCACCAAUGGUUACAGACCCAGUAACUUUGAAAUCUAAACAAGCUGAACCAAAUGAAGAUUACCUGCCGGCAGAUAUUGGCUUCCGAAUUGCUGCUUUAAGAGAGACAUUUGAAGAAUCUGGAAUAGUUCUGUUAACAAAUCCAUCCCUGGAAACUUCCCAAGAAGCAACAACGCACACCCUCUUAUCGAAGAACAUCGACAUCCGGGAAUGGCAAGAAAGAGUUCACAAUGAUGCAUAUGCAUUUUUAGAUUUAUGUUUAGAAACUCAUAUGUGUCCAGAUAUCUGGUCAUUGUAUGAAUGGUCUGAUUGGCUGACUCCUACUUCUGUAGGUCACCGUCGUUAUGAUACUAUGUUUUAUUUGUGUUGUUUGCCUCGCCAACCAGAUGUAUUGCUUGAUCAGGGUGAAGUUACUGUGAUGAGAUGGGCCACUCCAGAUGAGAUGUUGGAGGAUAAUUUAACUGGCACAGUAUUCCUUGCUCCUCCUCAAGUAUACGAGUUGUCUCGUCUCUUACCACUUCAGUCAUAUCAUGAUUUAAAACAGUUUGCCAAAAAGCGAGAGACUCAAGGCUGUGAAAGAUGGAUGCCUAUAAUAACCACUGCUGAAGAUGGUGCUAUAUCACUCUUGCCAGGAGAUGAUUUAUAUCCAACUGACCCAGAUUUUGAAGGCAUAAGAAAACCAAUUGAAUUUGAAAAUGGUUUGGAAGCUUUGAGGGCAAAGUCUAAAAAUCUUCACCGUAUGGAAAUUCGUGGUCCACAGUGCACUAUGUAUUGCAAUGUUACCCCUUCUUGUGGACAUUUGCAACCCCUUACCUUUAAAUCUUCACAGCCUAUCGUCCAAUCUUUCUUGUGAAAUUAACCACAUUAUCAGUUAAAUGUAUAUUUUGUAUAAAUAUAUCUUUUUUUUUAUACUCA